CCUAAAAACAGAGCAGAGAGAAAGAGUCAGGGAACUGCUGCUUUACGCAAUUUCCGCCUUUCCGUUAAUGAGCCACACAGGACGCAGGAGCAUGACUGCAGCGUCUGGACCCACACCACUUGUUUUUUUGGCUAUGAAUGGACAACUGCUGAACUCUAAAGCAAUGAUGUUGUGGAUUGUUCUGCUGCAGCUCAUCAACAGCGUUGAAGGUUUAUCAAGAGCUGAAUAUGAGCCUCUCUGCACCUCCAACGCCUGCUUCACUCUACAUAUGGACAAGGUCAACUUUACCAAGGCUCAUCAGAACUGUGAGGACAACGGAGGUUAUUUGAUGACGAUCAGAGACCGAGGAGAAGAGGACGUGCUGCGCUCACUUCUCUCUCAGAUUCAAGGACAACAUCAGGACAAGCAAGUUAACUUUUGGAUUGGUUUAAAACGAAACAAAGGGAGCUGCGUGUUAGGUGACAGGACUCUCAGGGGGUUUACAUGGGUGACCAGGGAGGAGGAUUCCCACUACUCCAACUGGGCAAAAGAACCCGUCUCCACCUGCACAGAAAGGUGUGUGAGGGUUAAUUACAACACUUUUGGAGAGAAUCAACUAAAAUGGAUGGAUGGGAAUUGCAAAAUCAAUGCUUUUUACGCAUGCAAGUUUUAUUCUAAGGGGAUGUGCUCACCUCUGGCUCUCGUGGGGCCAGGGAAAAUAACCUACACUCCGCCCUUCUCAAAACAGCCCCAGAAAAAGAAGAUGAAAUCAUUUCCUCUGGGAACAUACGCUAAUAUUCUCUGCAGUGACAGACAGUCUCACUACUCUGUGUGUAUGUGGACGGAUCUGUGGACAGAACCUGGCCCAUUCUGCAAAACAGGAGAGCGAAACUGCACAAACAACAACGGAGGAUGUGAAGAUGAGUGCCACGAGGACGGAGGCGGCGUUUGGUGCGUUUGCAGAGACGGUUACGACCUGGACGAGGACGGACUCUCCUGCACAAUCAGAGACUUGUGUGGUGCCGACAGCUGUGAGCACCAGUGUGUCAUGGGGGAGACGGGAUAUUCCUGUGAAUGUCGAGAGGGGUUCCAACUACAGAAAAACCAGCACAACUGCUCUGACAUUGACGAGUGUCAAACACAAGCCUGCGAGGAUCACGUGUGCGUAAACACGCACGGCAGUUACACGUGUACAUGUAAAGACGGUUACAAAAUGGUCCACGGUGAAUGCAGCGAUGUGGACGAAUGUGCACAAUCACCAUGUGAGCACAGCUGCUUCAACAGCAUCGGCUCCUUCUCCUGUCAGUGCAGCGAGGGCUUCACGUUGUCCCAGGACGGUCACUCGUGUUCGGACGUCGACGAGUGCGUCAGCGAGCGCUGCCAGUUCACAUGCGUCAACACCGACGGCAGCUUCGCAUGCUCGUGCCCGCCGGGUUUCAACCUGGAGAGUGACGCGCGCACGUGUUCUCCAGAUAUGACCGAAGCAUCAGAGGACGCAUCAGAGGACGCAUCAGAGGACGCAUCAUCUCCUCACACUCACUCACCACGUCCUCACCUGGUGAACGUCACACACAGCGGUCACGGGAGCAACACGUCACUGGCACCAAGUUUUGUGAAGACGAUGGAGGGUAAGGUCCUGCUGUGUGUGCUGGGUUCAGUCGUUCCUCUGCUGGCGUUGGUCGCAGUCACUUUGGCUGUUGGAAUAUUUCGAUGCAGUCGUUCUAAAAAAGAAGCCAAGAAAAACCAAACUGCAGACGGCUACUGCUGGGUUUCCUCAGGUCUGGAUCCACGUUUAGAGAAACUAUAUGAGUCUAUCUUGACUGAUGACCUAUGACCUCUUAUUUCUAUCUUUGUAACCUGCGUGGGUUAAAGGUCCAGUUAGAAACAUUUAGGAGAAACUGAAUCUACUGCAUAUGUAUAUUUGGAUACGUCUAUAAUGACAUGAUUGUUUCCUUACGCUGGGAAUAAACCAUUUCCUUAGGUAAGGCCCUUGCUUUAUAGAGGCCGCCAUCUUGUGCCAACAUGUUUACAGCAGCCUGAACCACCGAACCAGUCCCUGAGGGGAGCAUUUUAAAAAUGGAAUGGUUCUACUGGUUUGUUUGGAUGCAGGAGAAGCAGGACUGAUCACCUGACUGACAGCAGUAUUUUCAGGUUUCAGGUCGUCUUUACGAGAGUGAACACCUGCGUGACUGACAGGCUGCGUAUCCCUUAUUUAAGCAACAUUAUUACACAUCAACUGUUAAAACACACGGGUCACGUGUGUGCGUGUGCUGCUGUGUCAGUUGUGGGUCUAUGAUAAGACUGAGUGUGUGCAGAGAAACGAUAACGUUUAAUCUCACGAGCUGAGGAAACCGUCGUUUAGUCAGACUGUGGCUCCUGAGAGGAUAAAGAGUUGUCUGAGAGACCCCAGACCCAAGACCCCAAACUCCAGACUCCAGAUCCCAGAUCCCAGA